CCCCCUCAGACUCUUCAGGGCGCAACUGAGGACAACCCCUCUCUAUCUUACCUCCUCUCUACCCUCUAUGCCAACGCGUCGCUAACAGUCGAGUGGAAGAGGACGAUCGAUCUCAGGAUGAUGAGCGGGAAACCCGCUGAAGAGGUAGACGCCUACGAGCGCGAGGCCGAAAAUCGUCGUCGCCUCCAAGACGAAGAAAUGGAACGACGCGAACAAGAACAAGCCGAGAGACGUCGCCGAGACGGCUACCCCCCCGGCCCUCCCCAUCACAGCAAUGCUGGCUCUAUUCCCAUACACCAGCCCGUCGCAUCUCGCGCGAUGGGCGCAAUCCACAGCCCGGGCGGCCUGCUCGCGAACCACGGCUCAGGCUCGUCAGGGCCUCCCAUGCCACUCGGCGCCCCCUCGGGGCCUGGCGCGAACUUCGGCGGCCCCCUUCAACCCGACAACAGUAGACCUCCGCCACACGGGGGCCCGAACAACCCAAAUACCCAGCACCAGAUGUUCGCGCCGAUCCCGCACACGACCGUCCCCCCCAGUAACUCCCUAGGCGCUGCCAGCGGUGGUCCACCUGUCUUCGGAGGACCGCUGCAGCAGCGCGAGGGCCAACCUCCGAUGCAACAAGGGCCUCCGUUCGGUGGCAGUGGUGGAAAUAGUGGCGGCGCUGCUCCCGGCGUCGCUGGCGGUCAAAGUCAAGGGCCGCCUGGUCAGCAAGGCCAAGGUGGCAUUGCCCAAGGCCAACAACCCAUCUUGAACGAUGCCUUGACGUAUCUUGACCAGGUCAAGGUACAGUUCCACGACCAGCCAGACGUGUACAAUCGGUUCCUCGACAUUAUGAAAGACUUCAAAAGCCAGGCGUAUGUGAUUGAUCCGUUGUUCAGGUGACACAACUGACCAGAGCAGCAUUGACACUCCCGGGGUCAUCAACCGCGUCUCGGAGCUUUUCGCUGGUCAUCCGAACUUAAUUCAG